AUGAGGGCAGCGUGUGGGCGCCGCCAGCCAACAGGGUCCUCCGACCAGACUGGUCGUGCUGUCCGUGGAGUCCGAUCCGCGCCUUCCGGGCUGCCUUCAGCUGAGGAGCUGAGCGACAGGUGGCUGCUAGCAGUGCAGGAGGAGGAUGCAGCUGCUGCCGGCUACUGUGCACGGCUCUGCGAGACCCUGCGCGGUGCAGAAGCCUUUGCAGAGAGCGACGGCCUGGAUGCCUUCAUUUCUGUGGCAAUGGGCCAGUCUAUGAAGGGCAACGGUGGCUUGAUGGUGGCCUUGGCCCAGGCAUUGGCGAUGGACAUGACACCCUUCAAGGAAGCGGUCUUCGAGACGUUGUGCGCUGCGGCGCAGUGGCCAUCUUUGAAGGGGCGCAUUGCAGGGUCAGGUGUCCUGGGCGUGAUUACCGCCACACUGCUCUCGCCGCGUCACCCGGCCACUGUCAAGGCGCUGAUGGUGAGGCUCUGUGGCCUUCUGGCUGCAGACUCGCUGGAGGCCAUCAGCCUGGGCGAUGCCCGACGUGCCGAGGAGUUUUCGAAGCUGAGGGGCCAGCUGAUUUCAUCCGGUGCAAUCAAGGCAAUUGUCGGUCUGUUGGCAGCUUCAGAAGGUCCGGCCGCUGCCGCAGCUGCCACGGCCGUCGUGCAACUCGCCUUGGCAGGGGACUCUGCCAUCCGCACCGAGCUACUACAGGCAGAUGCCGCCACGGCACUUCUCCGAUGCGCAGCUCGUUUGUCAAAGGCCGGGACGGAGGAGAUGUCUGACAGUGACGCAGACACGGAAGAGGAUGCAGCUCCAGAAGCUGCAACCGCUGCGCUUGCCCGUCUCUUGGCGUUUGAUGGCGACGGCUGUCAGGAGCUCUUGGCGCCUGUACUGGAACCCGGUGCCCUCAAGGACUUUUGCGACGCGUUGCACGGCAACGGCCAGCGCAGAGCAUUGGAGCAGGUCCUGCGAUGCUUGGAUCUGGCAGGGUCCCGACACGAUGCCUGGCCGGCUUUGCAAAAGGAGCUGUGCGAGGACCUUCGGAAGAUGCUGGUCCUUCACCGGAGCGAUGUAGCUGCGGCUUACCUCCAAGCGCUGAUGUCCCACUUCGGACAAGAAGCGACGCUGCGCAGCUGCGGCGACCCGAAGUCCCUGCAGCGGGCGCUGGAACCCCUUUCCGGCCCUGGGGCCUCCGCUUUGAAGGCGAGUUUGGCCACCCAGGCAAUGGCGGGGCAGUGA